AUCAGAUUUGUCCCAUUGGAGGUUUGUAUAUAAAGCCAGAAUGAGGGCAACAGUCUGUGGGUAUCGUGAGUGAGUGGAGCUAUUCAGCCACCUGGGGAUGUCCAAAGUCAAGGCUGCACCCCCACCAGGGUGCACAAUCAACAUCAACGACCCUCAAGUACAAGAGGCAGCUAUCCGCAUCCAAGCUUCAUAUCGGGGUCAUCGGUCCAGGAAAGAGCUACGUGAAAAAGGUCCACCAAAGUUUCUGCAGGAGAUAAAAGACGUGCUCCUGGUGGAAGGAAGCGCUGCAAAGUUGGAGUGCCGGGUCAGUGCUUUCCCCGACCCUUUCAUCAUCUGGUCAAAAGACGGAAAAGAGCUAAAAGAUGGACCCAAGUAUCGCUAUGUAUUUGAGGACCCUGAUGUUGUGGCGCUAGUGGUGCGUGAUGGAGAGUUAGCAGAUCUGGGCAGAUACACUGUUACUAUUAAAAACCCGUUUGGUCAGACAUCUGGCUCUGCCUGUAUCAUAGUGGAAGUCCCAGCUAAGGUGACCAAGGGACCAGACAGUAUAAAAGGCAGAAGAGGUACAACGGUGGUGCUGAGGGCAGAGAUCAGUGGGGAACCACCCCCUGAUGUCGGCUGGCUCAAGGAUGGAGACGAUAUAGAGGAAGACGACAGAGUAUUUUUCGAUGUUGGCGACACCAACACUAUUCUCACUAUUAAAAGUGCGCGGCCAUCGGAUUCGGGGAAGUACGAGGUGUUUGUGGAGAACAACAUGGGAACGGAUCAGUCCUUCGCUCGAGUGGACAUCCUGUGAGGACAAAGUGUUACACCAAACAUGAAUGUUAUUUGGUGUGUAUAAUAUAUUCUGAUGUAUCUAGGCAACUUAUGAUCGCUUGUAUUAUUAAAGAGAAUUAUAUUAUGACAUUAUAUAUGUUGAAUAAUAACUUAAUUAUUUAAUAAUUAUUGGAUAAUAAUCAAUAAUCAGAAUAGCAAGAUAUGAGGAACUCCACUUUUCCUUUGAAACAUGCAAUAAUAAAAUGAAAAA